UCUGUUUUUUGUAAUUUUCUACACAUGGUAGAAAUAAUGUUUUUUCCCUGGGAGUCACAAUUCUGAAGAAUAUGAUGACCUAUUUUACCACGACUGAAUUCAUGGAAUGUGCUGCUAAACUGUUUGUUCAAUGAUAUGGGCGUGACAGAUAAACCGACGGUUCGCGCAUGCGCACAUAAUCAGACGUCUCGCUUUAGAAAUCAUCCCACACAGCAAUGGAAAGGAAGCACAGCAACAGCAGUAUUGUUAAGUUACACAAAAACCGUACCGUGAUUUCAAGACGGCCGAAGAAUGCCCCGUAAGUCGAGUGGGUGGGAGGCGUGACGGGUUUGUCCUGUUUUUCCUCGUGCUGUUGAGAUGACAUGAGAGCAGAGCCCUGACUAAAGUCAAGCAGAAAGGGAGGGAGGUGUCCACCAUCCUCUGGCCAUCAUCAUUCUCCACAGCAGCCCCGGCGCCAUCGCAUCCCACGGCUUUGUUUUGUGGCAAGCAUCUGCGUCAAAAGAGAUUACAGCAGUGUGGAAUGAGACAGAGUUGAUUGUAAGUAAGAAUAAUGUUGCCGGGCGUGGGUGUAUUUGGAACCGGGCAGACGGUACGUGUCUUAGUGCCAUUGCUCCAAAAGGAAGGCUUCCCUGUUCAGGCUGUUUGGGGCCGUACACAAGAGGAAGCAGAGUCACUAGCCAGCGAGCUGGACAUCCCCUUUUCCACCAACAAGACAGAUGAUGUGUUGUUACAUCCAGAAGUCCAUCUUGUCUGCAUAUUGACACCUCCUCCACACACACGUCAAAUUGCAGUAAAAGCACUAGGUAUAGGUAAAAAUGUGAUCAGCGAGCAGGCAGCUACACUGACAGAUGCCUGUAAGAUGGUGACAGCGGCAAGAUAUUAUCCACAGCUUAUGAGUAUCAUGGGAAAUUCCUUGCGCUUCUUGCCCGCAUUUGUCCAAAUGAAGCGCCUGCUAGGAGAGGGUUAUUGUGGGAACUUGCAGGUAUGUGAAGCACGUGUUUAUGGAGGCUCGCUGCUCAGCCAGUCAUAUGGAUGGGCAUGGGAGGAGCUGAUGGGGGGAGGUGGCCUGCACACAGUUGGCUCCUGCAUCAUUGACCUCCUGAGCCACCUCACGGGACGUCGGGCUGUGCGUGUGCAUGGAAUGCUCCGGACUUUCGUACAUCAAGGUGGCCCAGCGGGAGGGAUUCGUUCUGUGACUGCAGAUGACUACGCUUGCUUUCAGCUGCUGAUGAAUGGAGGAGUGGUUUGCAGCGUGACAUUAAACUUUAAUCUACCAGGCACAGAUGUGCAUGAGAUCAUGCUUGUGGGGUCAUCAGGACGACUUGUUGCUCGAGGAACAGAGCUCUACGGCCAACGGGCCAGCAUGCAAGUAGAGGAGCGUCUUUUGAGCGAUGGGGGAGAAGCUGUAGGGCCAUCUGUCAGGGGACUGAACAGCAUGGUGACUCAACUCAGACUUUCGUUUCAGACACAAGAGGACAGGCGCUCUUGGGUCCGGCAUCCUGUUUCCAUGGCAGCCUCCUUCGAGGAUGGGCUGUAUGUACAGACGGUUGUAGAUGCUAUCAAACGGUCAAAUCGCACUGGAGAGUGGGAGUCAGUGGAGGUCAAGAUUCAGGAUGUUGACUCGAACCACAACCACAGAACCCUGUCAAACUAACAAAACACACAGUUACAUUCUAUAUAUGCUAGCCUAUUAACACCAUUCACUUUCUUUUACAACAAAACAACCAUGCUUUAAUUUUAAACAUAUAGAUGAGUGGUUACCAACCAUGUUCCUGGAGGAACAUGCAUCUCUCCUUUGUCUGACACUCAUUUCAGGUCUUGGAGUCUGUACUAAGCUGAUGGUCUGAAUUAAGGAGACAUGAAAACAUUCAGUGUUUGGGGGCCCCCAGGAACAUGGUUAAAAACCACUCAUAUAGAUCAUUUGACAAAGUUUUCGCAUACUAUCUGAAAGUUUUAAGAUGGGUCACUUGUGCAAAACACUGGAAAAUGCAUCACUGGAUAGGAAUUGUGGUUUCAGGGUUGUCUUGUUGGUUUUUUUACUGUAACAAAAAAAGAUGUGCAAAGCUUAGCUGUGAAAAAAACAUUUCUGUGCUUUUCCUAUUUUAUGUGAUCUUUUGAGUUUAAAUUUGAGUCAAGGGAUGUUUAAAUGUAAGCCUAUUAAGUUUUAUAUUUUAUUUGAGUAGUGAAGAUAAGCUUGUGAUCUGCUGAGGUUUUUUUUCUUCUUCUGUAUAUAUGUGUGAGAGAGAGAGUUUUAAGAGCACUGAUAAACUUAUGCAGGACACUAGAUAUCAUUUACUGUAAUAUACCUGUUGUGACUUAUUGCCUGAUGUCCAGUGCAUUGGACAUGUUAACGGUUCAACUAAGCUGCACAAGUUUCUUGAAUUACAUUUUUUAUUGCAGAA